CCCGCUCCCGCACGCACCCGCCGGCGGCGAUCCGAAGCCCUCCGCGCCACCGCACCCCCGCCCCGCACGCCCACCGCCGGGAGGAUGGGCUGCGGGCGGCGGCGCGGCAGCCCCUGAGCUCCCCAAAGCCACGGAAACAAAGGGAGCGAGCAGCGGCAGCACCGGGCCGGGGUGGAUGCAAGCAACCAUGAAAGCCUGGGUCUCCGCCUCCUCCGCUGCUGCCAGAGAGCUGCCGGCUGCCGCUGCUCGGAGGACUACCCUGUGAAGGGGGCGGAGGAGAGGCUGGCUGGGUUCGCCGUGCAAAGGUAGAAGGUGUAAAGGAGAGGCGGAAAGAAAAUGUCUUCUUCGGUGGGGCCCCGCGGCCCUCGCCCGCCCACGGUGCCCCCGCCGAUGCAGGAGCUGCCCGACCUGAGCCACCUGACAGAGGAGGAGAGGAACAUCAUCAUGGCAGUGAUGGACCGGCAGAAAGAGGAGGAAGAAAAAGAAGAGGCCAUGCUCAAGAGGUUGCAUCAACAAUUUGAAAGCUAUAAAGAGCAAGUAAGAAAGAUAGGGGAAGAAGCCCGCCGUUACCAGGGAGAGCACAAGGAUGAUGCUCCAACAUGUGGAAUCUGUCAUAAAACAAAAUUUGCAGAUGGUUGUGGCCAUUUAUGCUCUUAUUGCCGGACCAAGUUUUGUGCUCGAUGUGGAGGUCGUGUCUCUCUGCGAUCAAACAAUGAGGACAAAGUGUACAGGAAUACUGUUCCUCCUCAUUGUGGAUCACAUUCAUCAGUACCUGUAAGAGUUAUGUGGGUAUGCAAUUUAUGUCGAAAGCAACAAGAAAUCCUAACGAAAUCUGGAGCGUGGUUUUUUGGAAGUGGACCACAGCCUUCACCCAGCCAGGACGGAACACUGAGUGAUACAGCAACUGGUGGAAGAUCGGAUGCACCGAGAGAAAAGAAAGCAAGACUUCAAGAGCGAUCGAGAUCACAGACUCCCUUAAGUACAGCAGCUGCCUCAUCACAGGAAAUCUCUUCUUCCAGUGUACACUCUGACCGUAGGAAAGGAGCAGAAGUAUCACAGCCAGCUAUGGGCCUGGACCAAAAGCAAGCUUCAUCAAGAUCUAGAAGUGAACCUCCAAAAGAGAGGAAGAAGGCAAUUUUGGUUUCAGACCAGAAUGGCAAAGGUUUAAAGAGUGAGCGUAAGCGUGUGCCAAAAUCCUCACUUCAAAAAGAAGGACCAACAGACGACAAGGAGCGCAAAGAGCGGCAUGAAGGCAGAAGGCUGGAGAAAGGCAAGUCACAGGACUACCCAGACUUGCCAGAGAAACUUGAGGAAGGCAAAUUGCCUGAUGAUGAAAAACAAAGGAAGGAAGAUGAAUAUCAUACCCGCUACAGGAGUGACCCCAAUCUGGCAAGAUAUCCUGUAAAACCACAUCCUGAGGAACAGCAGAUGCGCAUGCAUGCGAAAGUUUCUAAAGUACGACACGAGAGAAGACACAGUGAUGUAGCUUUGCCGCACACAGAAAUGGAGGAAGCGGAGGUACCUGAGAAUAAAUUAGGAAAACGCUCACAAUUACAGGGAACUCAGGACAGAAAAUCUCUUGUGGAAACUCAGAGGUCGUACUCUAUAGACAGAACAGGUGAUGUAAGAAUUUCUGUUUCUAAACAAUUAACUAAUCAUAGCCCACCAACUCCCAGGCAUAGUCCAGUUCCUAUAGAACACGUAGAAUACAAGAACCACGAUUCCUUUAUAAAACAGAGCCGCCUUGAUCCUAGCUCUGCUAUUCUCAUGCGAAAAGCAAAGCGGGAGAAAAUGGAGACCAUGCUAAGGAAUGAUUCCCUUAGCUCUGACCAGUCGGAAUCAGUGCGGCCAUCCCCUCCAAAGCCUCAUAGAGCAAAAAGAGGCGGAAAGAAAAGGCAGAUGUCAGUUAGUAGCUCAGAGGAAGAAGGGGCAUCAACACCAGAAUAUACUAGCUGUGAAGAUGUGGAGAUAGAAAGUGAAAGUGUCAGUGAAAAAGGUGACUUGGAUUAUUACUGGCUGGAUCCUGCCACGUGGCACAGCAGGGAGACGUCCCCUAUUAGUUCGCAUCCCAUAACGUGGCAACCUUCCAAAGAGGGAGAUCGCUUAAUUGGGCGUGUUAUUCUUAACAAGAGAACAACUAUGCCAAAAGAAUCAGGUGCAUUACUGGGGCUAAAAGUUGUUGGAGGAAAAAUGACAGAAUUAGGUCGACUUGGUGCCUUCAUUACCAAAGUGAAGAAAGGUAGCUUGGCUGAUGUGGUGGGGCAUCUCAGAGCAGGGGAUGAAGUUCUAGAAUGGAAUGGUAAACCGUUGCCUGGAGCUACAAAUGAAGAAGUUUACAACAUUAUUUUAGAAUCAAAAUCAGAACCUCAAGUUGAAAUUAUUGUUUCAAGGCCUAUUGGUGAUAUUCCACGGAUUCCUGAGACUUCUCACCCCCCAUUAGAGUCUAGUUCAAGUUCUUUUGAAUCUCAGAAGAUGGAAAGGCCUUCUAUUUCUGUUAUAUCUCCGACCAGCCCUGGAGCCCUACGGGAUGCACCACAAGUCCUACCAGGCCAGCUUUCUGUUAAACUCUGGUAUGACAAAGUGGGACAUCAGUUAAUAGUAAACGUUCUGCAAGCAACAGAUUUGCCACCAAGAGUAGAUGGACGCCCCAGAAAUCCCUAUGUAAAAAUGUAUUUUCUUCCAGACAGAAGUGAUAAGAGUAAAAGAAGGACCAAAACAGUAAAGAAAAGUCUAGAGCCAAAAUGGAACCAAACUUUUCUCUACUCACACGUACAUCGUAGAGAUUUUAGAGAACGAAUGCUUGAAAUAACUGUAUGGGACCAGCCAAGAGUACAAGAAGAAGAGAGUGAAUUUCUUGGAGAGAUUCUUAUAGAGCUGGAGACAGCACUUUUAGAUGAUGAACCACAUUGGUAUAAGCUACAGACACAUGAUGAAUCUUCACUACCUCUGCCUCAGCCAUCACCUUUCAUGCCAAGAAGACAUGUUCAUGGUGGAGAAAGCACUAGCAAAAAAUUACAAAGAUCUCGGCCAAUCAGUGAUAGUGACAUCUCAGAUUAUGAUGUUGAUGAUGGUAUUGGAGUUGUUCCUCCAGGUUAUAGAUCUAGUACUAGAGAAAGUAAAUCCACAACGCUAACUGUGCCAGAGCAGCAAAGAACAACACAUCAUCGUUCACGUUCUGUGUCUCCUCACCGUGGCGACGAUCAGGGCAGGCCCCGUUCACGUUUACCAAAUGUGCCAUUACAGAGGAGUUUAGAUGAAAUUCAUCAAAUGAGAAGAUCACGUUCUCCAACUAGACACCAUGAUGCCUCCAGAACUCCAGUUGAUUACAGAUCUAGAGAGUUGGAUAGUCAAUAUUUGUCGGAUCAAGAAAGUGAGCUUCUUAUGCUGCCCAGAGCAAAACGAGGAAGAAGUGCUGAGUGCCUACAUACCAUCAGAAGUUCUGUUAGGCACUAUAAAACAUUACCACCCAAGAUGCCUUUACUAGAAAAUGGUACUCAUUGGAACCUGUACAGCUCAACUCUUCCUGCAUGUGCUAAGACCAAAUCCGUGAUUAGACAGGAUAUUUCACUCCUUCAUGAUUGCCUUAAUUCACGAAUAUCGAAAGUUGGAGAUGAUCUGCCGGUUAGUGAACUGCAGCCCUCCCUUGACAGGGCUAGGAGUGCUAGUACCAACUGCUUGAGACCAGAUACUAGUUUGCAUUCACCAGAACGAGAAAGGGGUAGAUUGUCCCCCUCCCUAGAGAGGAGACGACCUACUAGUCCCAGGAUUCAUAUCCAGCAUGCAUCUCCGGAGGAUGACAGAACAAGGACGCUGGAGUCUUGCAUUCCAAAACAGGACAGUGUAGACCACCUAAGUGCUAAACCUGGAGCAGCACAGAGGCAGUCCAGAAAAGUGGAAAGAUAUAGCAGCCAAAAACAAACUAGGAAAGGCUCCGCAACUGAAACGGAAAGGGGUCUGCUACCAUGUCUUUCUAGAAGGGGACUUCCAACCCCACGAACAACUGAACAGCCAGUCAUUAGGGGAAAACAUCACACUCGCUCAAGGUCGAGUGAGCAGUCUAGUAUCAAACCCUUAUGCUCUGUACAUCACCUAGCAUCCGGAGGGUCGGCGCCACCUUCUCCACUUCUGACAAGAACACAUCAACAAGGAAGUCCCACACAGUCUCCUCCUGCAGACACAUCCUUCAGCAGUCGUAGGGGAAGACAGCUACCGCAAGUUCCAGUAAGAAGUGGCAGUAUAGAGCAAGAGCAAGAGACUUUUAACUCUCCCACAAAAGCAAGCUUAGUAGUGGAAGAGCGAACGAGACAGAUGAAAAUGAAAGUGCACCGUUAUAAUCAGACAUCAGGGUCUGGUUCUAGCCAAGAACAUGAGCGUGAGCAAUAUACCAAG